AACGGACUUAAAGGCCCAGUGCAGUCAAGAACAUGAUUUCCUGAGUUUUAUCUAUAUUUAAACACUUUGAGGUUGGAAUAAGACUGUGAAAUUGUGGACAUUAUGAUAAUUCCCUUUAAGUGUAAGAGCUGUUUGAAAUGUCAGCCUGUUUUGGUAGGAUGAAGUUUUGGCUUGCUGGUGACAUCACCAGGCAGUAAAUUAGUUAAUAGACUAAUAAGAAAGAGCGUUCCAAACCUGGGCUGUAAUCAUAAAAAUCCGCCAUCCCCCCAAAAAGAAGCUUUUUGGUUUUAGUUGAAGGUUAGGCAGGCAUAUGGUUAGCCGUGUGUUUAAGUUUAGGGUUAGGAUUCAACUGAAAUUUUAAUUAAGAGACAUUUUAGAAAUAAGCUGUGGCUGUAGUAGCUAGUGACGACAAGUGCACAGAGAGAGAUAGCUUUGUCAAGAAGACUUUGCGUUUUGUGUCAGCCAGACUAGAGAAAUGUAUGUCUGCCCUGAAACUUACCGUUGGUCAUCAUGAAGGAACAUAGUGUGAGUGAUAUUAAUAUUGUAAAUCUCAUGUCUCCCACCAUUUGAUCAUAGUUGCUUCUUCAUUUUCCAACAGGCUGUUUAUCACACAAAUGCAUUUGCCAUCAUUAUCAUGACUUUGACAUCUCUCAUUCUCAAUAGCUCUUGAAACUUCUCUCUUCAUUGGUUAAUCGACCUACCUUUUGAACUAACAUAAAUCUAGAUAAUGUAGCCUUUCAAUAUAUUAGGAUGCUUCGGCUAUAGAAGGAGAAUUCGUCAGGAAAAUGAUUGAUUUCAUGGACAAAUAGUCCCACCACCACUUCAAGAAAAACACAGAGACCCUCUUCAUUUGUGUAAUCACAAAGACACACUAAAUGUUAAGCAUUCAAACCCCUUCCCCGUCAAUGCUGAUAGAGCAAGUGAGAAUGUGAAAGUUACGGGAAAUGCUGCUGCAGUAACUUGUAAAGACAUUUUGAAAAGAAAAAGAUAAGUAGCCUUGCUUCAGAGUGAAAUAUGGAUUCUAAGUCUGCUUUUGGUAAGGCAGCUGGUUUAUGUGGCCCUGUUGAUAAGAGUCUAUAUUGUGCAUGUUGGUGUUUUAGAUCAAUGUGUCCUCUUAUGUCUGAUCUUGGAGAUAGACCUUCUACACUAGAGUCUAAUUCAGGGAUGGAACUCCUGGACGUGGUCUAUGCAAAACUAGACAAAUUAACCUGAUGUGAAUUGCGAUGCAAAUGGUCUUCUCGUGCCACACAGUCAGUUCCUCUUUGUUUUCUACUUAAAAUAAUACUCCGUUGCUAGUUAUGGGGAAAUAUUUUUACCUCCCUGCGGUAACCACAUCCGUGAGGUUAGCAAAUUAUUCUUUAGAACUAAAACCAAGCUGACAUGUACCAUUAACUCACCAGCUGUCAGAGAUCAUGGAAGCCAAUCUAUUUCUACUGAUUGUGGGUCGGUCAAUUUUCUGCUUUUUACUUGACCAACACAUCAUCAUUGAAAUGUCCUUGUUUUUGAAAGAAAAUCACAUUUUUGGGCCAUUAAAAUAACAUCAAAUUGAUCAGUAAUACAUUGUAGACUGUUCAUGUUGUAAAAGACUAUUGUAGCUGGAAAUGCCUUAUUUUUAAUGGAAUGUCAACAUAGGCGUAUAGAGGCACAUUAUCAGCAACCACCAUUCCUGUGUUGCAAUGGCACGUUGUGUUAGCUAAUCCAGGUUUAUCAUUUUAAAAGGCUAAUUGUUCAAUUUCUCACAUGGAAUAGCCUUAAUUUCUCAGAACAAGAAUAGACUGACAAGUUUCAGAAGAAAGUUAUUUGUUUCUGCUCAUUUUCAGCCUGUAAUCGAACCCACAAAUGCUGACACUCCAGAAACUCAACUAGUCUAAUGACAGUUUUAUUGCUUCUUUAACAAGUACAACAGUUUUCAGCUGUGUUAACAUACUUGCAAAAGAAACGACAGUCCAUCAUUAAUUUAAGACAUGAAGGUCAGUCAAUGUGGAACAUUUCUAGAACUUUGAAAGUUUCUUCAAGUGCAGUCGCAAAAACCAUCAAGCGCUAUGAUGGAACUGGCUCUCAUUAGGACUGCCACAGGAAGUUACCUCUGCUGCAGAGGAUAAGUUCAUUAGAGUUACCACCCUCAGAAAUUGCAGCCCGAAAAAAUGCUUCAGAGGGUUCAAGUAACAGACAUAUCUCAAAAUUAACUGUUCAGAGGAGACUGCAUGAAUCAGGCCUUCAUGGCCAAAUUUCUGCAAAGAAACCACUACUAAAGGACACCAAUAAGAAGAAGAGAUUUGCUUGGGCUAAGAAACACGAGCAAUGGUCAUUAGACCGGUGAAAAUCUGUCCUUUGGUCUGAUGAGUCCAAAUUUGAGAUUUAUGGUUCCAACCGCCGUGGCUUUGUGAGAUGCAGAGCAGGUGAACGGAUGAUCUCCACAUGUGUCGUUCCCACCGUGAAGCAUGGAGGAGGAGAUAUGAUAGUGUGGAGGUGCUUUGCUGGUGACACUAUCAGUGAUUUAUGUAGAAUUCAAAGCACACCUAAACAGCAUGGCUACCACAGCAUUCUGCAGCGAUACGUCAUCCCAUCUGGUUUGUGCAGUGACCCAAAAACAAACCUCCAGGCAGUGUAAGGGCUAUUUGACCAAGAAGGAGAGUGAUGGAGUGCUGCAUCAGAUGACCUGGCCUCCACAUUCAACUGACCUAAACCCAAUUGAGAUGGUUUAGGAUGAGUUGGACCGCAGAGUGAAGGAAAGCAGCCAACAAGUGUUCAGCAUAUGUGGAACUCCAAGACUGCCAGAAAAGCAUUCCAGGUAAAGCUGGUUGAGAGAAUGCCAAGAGUGUGCAAAGCAGUCAUCAAGGCAAAUGGUGGCUACUUUAAAGAAUCUAACACAUGAAAUCUAUUUUGAUUUGUUUAACACUUUUUUUGGGUUAUUACAUGAUUCCACAUGUAUUAUUUCAUAGUUUUGAUGUCUUCACUAUUGUAGAAAAUAGUAAAAAUAAAGAAAAACCUUGACUGAGUAAAUGUGUCUCAUUUUUGGACUGGUGCUGUACUUUGAACAGUAUUGUUGACCUUUGAUCAUCUCCAGCAUUAAACAGACCCUGUUUAGGAACGUUCAACACUAUGUACUGUUUUGUAGUGGGAUGUUUUUUCGGAAGAUAAUCUAGUAUUUCUAAAUUCACCUCUCAUCUCCCUCAUGUAGAUAUAAUGAGUGCUUAAAUGAGAAGAACAUCUGUAGGCUAUUCAACUCGUAUCAACACCUUUGAAAGCUAUUACUGUCAAUGCUAUUCUGGCUUCAGAUCGCUUGGCUUUGAAUCAUGUGGUGGUCAAUAUAAUCUUAUUGAAAGUGUGACUGUGUUAACGUGAGGGAUUAUCACCCUCUCUUUGUAAACAUACAAUCUUUAAUCAUCUUUCCAUCUCCACUACUUUUCCCUUUACCACUCUCUUUCUCUAUCAGACAUAGAUGAGUGUGUUGAGAACCAACAUUUUUGUGGGGAACGGGGAAUCUGUGUCAAUCAGCUGGGCAGCUACCUGUGCAAGUGUCCCACAGGAUUCAGUAACUACGGCAACAGACAAACUCAGUGUGCAGUUACUGGUUAAUACCACUGAUGUUCUUCAAUUGGGCCUCCAGUCCAAUGGUCACCGUAGUAGCAGUGAAGUGACUAAGUUACUGAGGAAGAUUGAAAUCUCUCUGACUGAACGCUCAGCUGCUGCCAGAGACCUAACCACACAGCGCUUCUCAAGGACUAUGGUCAUGGAGCGCCACAGGAAGGUGGGGCUGAAGCUAAGGGGGUUUUGUUUUAUGCUAUUUGUGAUGAUGAUGAAGACUGAACAUAUCGACGAGUGCAGUAGCAACUCCCUCAUCUGUGGGGACAAUUCAGAUUGUUUCAAAACUGAGGGUAGCUACUUCUGUUUGUGUCAUCCUGGGUUUGAUGACUUUACUGGUGCCGCGCGACAAUGCUUGGACAUAGAGGAGUGUGUUACGUUCCCAAAUAUUUGUGGGAAAUGGGGAACCUGUCUUAAUCAGGUGGGUAGCUACCUGUGCACGUGUCCCAAUGGAUUUAGGAACUCUGGCAACGGACAAACUCCGUGUGUAGACAUUGACGAGUGUAAUACAGACGGAGUAUGUGGAAAUGGGGGAAUCUGCCAAAACCUGAUUGGAAGUUACUGGUGCCAGUGUCCUGCUGGAUUUACUAACUUUGGCAAAAACCAAACUAAGUGUGUAGAGCUUAAUUGUGACCAGUACGAAACACAGCCUGGACAGACUCUACCAGGCUUUGAUAGUUGGUCUCUGUUGAGAAACAACUGUUUGGUGUUGAGCAACUCUAUGUUGCCUGGACUGACAAGACUGCUGCCAACUGGAGAUGUGCUUUUGACAUUACUGGUUAAUACCACUGAUGUUGUUCAACUGGGCCUCCAGUCCAAUGGUCACCGUAGUAGCAGUGAAGUGACUAAGUUACUGAGGACGAUUGAAAUCUCAUUCAGACUGAUCGCUCCACUGCUGACAGAGAACGUGACCAGGAUAGAGACCAACCACACAGAGGUUGAGAUUAUGGUGAGAAGAGACAAGACUCCACCUGAAGGACCAGUCAGCCUGACCAAUGAGAACACUCAACUUGACACCACCUGGGAGACGGUGGUUGGAGAUGACCAGAAUUACCCAGGGUAUGCAUUUGUCAUUCUGCUCAGCCAUAAGAAUCUGGAUAGUCUGAAGGACAGUACUUCUCAUCAGAGCCAGCAGCUCAUGUCCAGUGCUGUGACAGUUUCCGUUAGCAACUCCAACACAACAUACCUGCCCCAACAGGUUAAUCUCACCUUCCAUCACCUGCAGUCCAGUGAUGUUGACCCCACCUGUGUUUAUUGGUCGGAUGAGAAUGGACCGGGGGUGUGGUCUGGGAGGGGUUGCACCUUAGUGAUGUCAAACUCCAACCAGACUGUGUGCUCCUGCAACCAUCUCAGCACAUUCACUCUGCUGAACAAAGUGCAACAGGGAAGCGGGCAGCUGUCAUUGGUGAUGUGGGUGGGUGUUUUUGUGGCACUGACCUGUGUGGUCCUGUCCCUGAUCACCACCCUGUGGUGUCGCUUUGUCAGCCGCAAACGCCGUGGAGGACACCGGCUGCAACAUGAUGUACAGCUACAUAGAAAAUAAGACAUGGAUUUGAACUAUUUGUGUUAUAAGAAAAGCUUUACUUGGAAUUCAUUUGAAAAUGUUGUCUCUUGGCUUGCAAGGACAUCCAAUUGCCAGAAUUAGUAUUUAUUUAAGUAGUUUAAAAAUGUACCAAACAAACAAAAACAAAAACAUAACUUUUUAUUAAUAGAUAUACAAUUUUUCAUGUAUAGAAAUCAGUUCUGGACUGUAAUAAAUGAGCUCUCAAUUUUAUGGCAACAUAAGUCAUUUCAGUCUCAUUAACAUGGUUGGUAAUUUGUAGAGAUGAGAAUAGUGGUAUAUCCAUUCAACGCUGCAUUUGUCCAGUAUUUUUUUAAAUUGUACCUUUAUUUAAUUAGGCAAUUCUGCCUAGGAACUGUGGGUCAACUGCCUGUUCAGGGGCAGAACAACAGAUUUGUACCUUGUCAGCUCGGGGAUUUGAACUUGCAACCUUUCGGUUACUAGUCCAACACUGUAACCACUAGGCUACGCUGCUGCCUCUUUUUUAAAUUUAAAUUUUAUGCCACUUGUGCCACUUGGUUGUUGUUGUAACUGACUUAUUUGAAGUGAAAGUAAUAUUUUUCCUGUUUAUUUUACAGUGCUUGAGAAGGUAUUUAAAUCCACAAAUCAUCUUGCUAUUAUUUCCUUCAUUCUGACAUAAAUGUCUAAAUAUGAGCUGUCCGUUUUGUAAAAAUAAUAAAGCACAACAUCAUACUGAAAGUACAA